AUGACGUCGUCACAGCCCAGCACGGGUGAUUCUGCUACCGCGGCUGGAGUCGAGGCGCCGGCGGUGAACCUCGAACGCAAAGCUCGCAAAGAAGCUCAGAAGGUACUCAAGGCGCAGCAGGCGGCUGAAAAGAAGGCGGCCAAGCAGGCGCAGCCCGUUCCUUCCUCGUCCAAACCCAAGCAGGAUGGACGACGCCCGCAGUCUAGCAGUGAACAGCUCUCGCGUGCGCUGGCAUACAUUCUUCGGCACGGAGCGGACAAGGAAGGACUUUCGAUGCGGCCGGAUGGGUAUAUUGCGCUCGACGAUGUGCUGGAUCGACCGCGCGUCAAGAGCGUCAACAUGGCCGAGUCAGCCGGUGCAAAACGUCGACCGGCACUGGAGGACAUUCAGCGGAUCGUGAAUACCAACGACAAGAAGCGAUUCGAGCUGGUGUUGGACGAGACUUGGCUCGUACGCGCUGUGCAGGGUCACUCGUUGAGCCAAGUGGUCGAGCUCUCACACACGCCACUUACACUCACCAACCUGCACCUGCUCAAGCUCCAAGACGAUGACGACGAUGCCGAUGAUCUUGCCGACGAGCUCGACUCCCAACUCGGCCUACAGGAAGCAAAGGUGGAGGUGGUGCAUGGCACAUUCACCGAUGCCUGGGAGAAGAUCCUCGCCAGUGGCGGGCUGAAGCGCAUGUCGCGCAACCACAUCCAUCUCGCCAAGGGCAAGUUCGGCCAAAAGGGCGUCGUGUCCGGCAUGCGCAAGUCCGCCAACCGGCUCAUCUUUGUCGAUGUGCGCCGCGCCAUCGCCGACGGCUUCGAGUUUGCGCUUUCUUCGAAUGGCGUCGUGCUCACACCGGGCAAGGGGGACGAGGGUGUGUUGCCCGUAAAGUACUUCACAAGGGUCGAGGAUGCAAAGGGUAACAUCGUGUGGACGCCACCGCCGCCGUCGGCCAUCGUCGACGCUUCCACCCACCACCUCUCCAUCUUGGCCAUGUCGGAACCUUCGACGCCUCGGCGUGCUGCACCUGGCAGCUCUCGGAGCACCACCACACCUGCCACGCCGUCUACACCGGGCACGCCUGGCGCUGCGUUCAUCGCCGACGACAUGGACGAUCCCACCUCCACUCCCUCGCGCGCUCCCACGUCGGGCGGGGGCGCUGGCGACGACUCGGACAACGAAGACGAGGUUCCCGACUACCUCCGCCUUCUUUCCUCACUGCAGCCACGCUCCAAGUCCUCUUCUGGAAUUGUCAUCCCCAAACGCGGCGAGAAGGACUUCGAACCUACGGGCUUCGGUGGCCAGUCCAAGCUGCUCGAGCGCAGUCGGCAAGCCAUGUACCAGGCGGUCUCUGGCUCGCGCACGGUGGGAUCGCGGUCGCUCGUUCGUGCCACCUGGAAUCCACACACCCGCCGUGCGCGCAUCCACGACGUGCAGGGCAAGAUCUUCGAGACGGUGGGCGUGAUCCGUCGCACGCCCACCACCGACUCGACGGGCAAGACCGUCACGCAGGUGACCAACGAGCUGCUGCCGGAAGAGGCGCUGUUUCUGGCCGAGCGCGGCAGCCUACAGAUCUACACGCAAACAGAGGACCCGGAUGCACUCGCACCCAUGUCGCUGCAGCAGGCAUUUGCAGCGCUGAUGCUCGCGUCGGACGAGGCUGCCGACGAGCCAUUGACGCGCGAGGCGUAUCUGAUCUACGCCCAUCUCAAGCGGCUCGGGUACGUGGUGCAGCGCGCGAGCAUCGUGGAUGCCGUACGUGCCGCUCCGAUCCCGCCGAGCAAGGCACGUGCGCAGGGGAUCGUUGCGGAUCCACAACGUCCCAUCAAGCUCGUUACGCUGUGGGAUGUGUUGCUGUACGUGCCGCGGCGCAUUGCGCAGCUGGGCGCCGAUGCGGCACGUGCCGUCGCGCGAUGGAUGCAGCAUGCAUGGCGCAACACCAUCGGCCGAGUUCUAGCCUUGAUCGCGGCGCGGUUUGCACGCAUCGCAACCCGUGGCUCACGCAAGCCAGGUGCGGUGGGGCUGUCACUCGGCCUUGGCGGCUACGACGACGUACGCCGCUUCCUACCGCACACAGCUUUGUGGACCAGCUACGACGACGUGUUUACCUCGAUGCAAAUGGUACCCUCGGGUCACGACUUUACGCUCCCUCUCACACCGAACCCCACUGCCGCUUCGGAAGAGGCGGGGAUGAAGCCGUUCUACUAUGCGUGGCGGCCCGCUACGGUGUAUCGCAAGUCGCACCCGCCGGCGCCCGAGUUCCGGAUCGUGAUUCUCAACGCGCGCACCACGCCGCUUCCGAGCGUAUGGCAGUUCGGCGAGGUAUUUGCACACAUCCCCAUGCCCGGCUCGGACGCGGAGCUGAUCGCAUCUGUGCCCUCGCAAGACGCAAUGAGUGCAGACGAGCUGAAGAAGCGGGUGGAGUACGAGAAGCAGCUCAAGGCGGCGAACGACGCCAAGAACCGCGCCGCGUAUGGCAAGUUCAGCGACGGCAAGCAGAAGCAUCUGCGCGAGAAAGCCGCUGCGCGUCAAGCCGCCGCCGCUGACCGGGCCGCUUCCAACGCCGCCACCAAAGGCCGCCUCGCCAUGAUGCUGCACAGGCUCACCCGCACCGCCGCAGCAAGGUGGCUGUGGAAGCUGCUGAGGCUCGAUUACGAGGUGCUGCGCAUGUGGGCGAGACUGUUUAGGCACUGUCCUCCGGGAUGCUGGAGCGACAAGGCGCGGUAUCAGGCACGACGAACACUGCAGCGCAACAAUGCAGCGGGCAACGUUUUUCCCCCACUCAAGGCGGGCAGAAGGUCGGUGGUGCUCGCCAUCGUCGAUGGAAGCAUCACCACGCUGCUGCGUUUCGGCGAGUCCGAGUUUGCGCAGUGGAGGCUCUUUGGCGAGGCUGCACCGGCCAUCACGCAUCUUGCCUAG